UCUCCAGUGGAGCUGGAGAACAGGCUUCAAUGAAAACUGCAGCUGUAUGGAGAUUGCAGGCACCACAAUCACUAUUUCCUCUACCUGACCUGGUAGCCUUGUUGCCUAGCAAAGGUGGGAUGAUUUAUCUCUGUCUCUAGAUUGGUCCCUUUUCUUUGCUGCACAAGAGAACUGUUUCAGACUUCCAAGGAGAAUGAAGCCAGGCUAGAAAUCGGAGUGGAUGUUUGAGAGCUGCUUUCCCAGGGAGGAGAAGGAGCCACAGGGUUUCUGUGCAGCCCAGGACAAUGGUUUUAUCUGCCCCAGUAAUAGCCCUGGGGGCUACCUUAGGGACUGCAACUAGCAUCCUUGCCCUCUGUGGUCUCACCUGCUUCUGCAAAUGCAAGCAACCUGGGAAAGGGCUCUCAAAAAAGGACCAAGAGGAGGAUGUGGAAAAUGCUAAGCCCAGUGUGCUUCAGCCAGUCCAGCAAUUCAACUUUAAGAAAACUGCUGAGCCAGUCCAGCCUUGAGCACACCUGAAUUUUCACCAUAUUUAUGGCCCCAAACCAGUAGUAACUUCACCUGAAAUUGUUAACUACAUGCAGUACUCCCUGAAAACAACAGAAGAACCAGCAACUGGAAAACUUAAUGGUUUGGAUGAGAACAGGAUGAAGAUACAAGUCAACGAAGAGCUCUUUGUUCUCCCUCAAAAUGGUGUAGUGAAGGACGUGUGUGUCAUAGAGCACUUGAAUCCCGAGAGGGUAGUCAGCUGUAACCAGGCCCCUGAGCUGCGCUACUCCCUGGUGUAUGAUCAACAAAAAGCCGAGCUGCAUGUGGCCCUCCUGGAAGCUAUGCAUGGAAGAAUGAGUAGGGACCAAGACGCUGGCUGCCAUUGCUAUGUACUGGGCACACUGGUGAGCAAGUCCAGUAUUGCUGAUGCCCAGACAGAGCUGAAGAAGAAGGUGCUUCACAGCCUCUGGGAGGAGAUCCUGCGAUUCCCAUUAGUGGAGGAGGAGAUGUCAGAGGGAACACUGACUUUCACUCUGAGAAACUGCGACAAGUUCUCCAGACACAGCAUUGUGGGGGAACUCAAAAUGAGCCUUGCUAACAUGGAGGAGUCCUUUGGGGUGGCCCAGUGGGAAUGCCUAAAGAUCCCAGAGAAGAAGCCAUCUACGGGCCAUGGGGAGGUUCUGCUCUCUAUCAGCUACCUGCCAGCAGCUAACCGACUGCUGGUGGUGAUUAUUAAGGCUAAGAAUCUCCACUCCAAGCAGCUGAAAGACCUACUUGGCAAUGAUGUUUCUGUCAAGGUGACACUGAGGCAUCAGUCCUUGAAGCUGAAGAAGAAGCAGACCAAAUGUGUAAAACACAAGAUCAACCCUGUGUGGAAUGAGAUGAUCUUGUUUGAGUUGCCUCCUGAGCUGCUACGUGCUUCUGGCAUGGAGCUGGAAAUGCUGAGCCAGGAUGGUGGUGGGCAGAGCCACGUGCUUGGCAAGUGCAGCCUGGGCUUGCACAUCACAGGCACAGAGAGGAACCACUGGGAAGAAAUGCUGCGGAACCCCAGGAGACAGAUAGCCAUGUGGCACCAGCUCCACAUGUAGGCUCAUAAUGAUUACUGCCAACCAGAUUUCCACCAGACCUCUGAGCCUCGCUGAAUAAGCUGCAUUUCACCUUCCACCUUCCCCUCCACAAAGUUCCUCAGGACAGCAUUCUUCUUACACCACCUUCUCUGAUUUUCCUGCCUCAUCCUAGCCCAGGAAACUGUCUGGAAAAUGUAUUAAAAGGACAAUCUCUCACCUAAUCAGGUGGUUCUCUCAAACAAGGGAUUUGGCUGUCUGGAUGACUUGAAUUAAUUUUAUUAGCCUGCCUACUGGAAUUUCUGUGAGGUCCCUGUUUCUGUAGAGGAGCAGAGGGGACCAAAGGUAUCAUAGAAAUGUAAGCCACUCCUUGACAUUCGGCACUGUCACCCAAGUCCCUUGGUGAGUGCUGGUUCCAUAAUCACAAACACGUGACAGACGUUUUACCAGUCACUGUUUUUCAUACUACUUUACAAAACUGUGAGAGAUGAAGAUCACAAAACUUAACUUUCACUGCAGACCCAAAGUAUCAGUAUAAAAGAGAGAGUGAAGCCAAUAUGCAGUAGAUGGAUACCUAGAAAAAAGAUACAGAACUAAGGGAGAAUAAAGGAAGAAGAGAGAGACAAGUCAACACUAUCAUCCUAUGUAGCCUUUGAAGCAAACACUGUCAAACAAGAAGUCAAAUACCUUCCCUUACUUUUGUUUCCUAGAGUGUUUGAUAUCUUGUAUUUAGGAUUCAGGAAAACUGCUGAAAAUAUGAACAUUUUGGGAUCCUUUAGCAGGAUACCUGUAUCUUCUAUCUUUCUACAGUGUCACCCAGGAAGACCCUAAACAUGGACAAAAAGUUAUUGUUGAUGUUCCCUCCAAAAACUUGGACCAAAACAUUCUGCUUACUGUCCACUUUUCUGUUUGGGUUUUUCUGAGCUAGAAAGUUUCAAAUAUUCUAAUUAUAUUGCAGGCAACAUCUAAGACUAGACAAAAGAAGUGGGAUCACUUCACACUCAGCAGUUGAUUGAUGGUUUUGGUUUGACAGUUAACUAUUGCACUCAAAUCCACAUGCCAGCAUUACUCGAAGACAACCCUUAAGAACUGCCAUGUAUUUCAUCACUUCCAGACAGAAUGAAUUCACUGACAAGACAGACUCUCCAGGGUUUGUUUUUUUGUGUGCACUUUCAAGAUUUGAUGUGGCUUAAAUGUUACUGUUUACUGUCCUUUUUUGUGUGUCUAGAUGGACUGAAAGUCUGUCAUUGGCAGUGAUGAUGUUAUAAACCCGUAAGUGUACUGCUUGUCCUAACAGUUUAUUUCAAGUCGUAGAUACAGCUUUAAGGGACUUGCAUGGAGACAAGGCAUCCAACAAUCUAAAACCAGAACCAUAGUUUGUAGCACUGAAAAACUCAGAGAACUUCAUUUUUUGCAGGGUCUGUUUGAUCCUCUGUUUAAUUCAAAAUAUUAUGCUAGGCUUUAUCUAGUAUCCAUCCCAUUUUGAUGACUUAGUCAAACAAGUCUAGUAGACUGUCAAGUGAAGGCUGGCAUCCUGUCGGCAAAGGGAAACCACCAGAACCAGUAUCUGAAAACUGGCUGAAGCACCAGGCACAGAUGGUUAUGAAUAGAGAAAUGAAGUUCAGCUGGAAGUCAGUCACUAGUAAUGACUGGGGCUGGUAGUGGCACUGACAUGAUUUAACAUUUUCAUAAAUGACCUGGACAAUGGGGCAGAGCGUGCCCUCAGCAAGCCUGCAGAUGACACAAAACUGAGUGUAGUGGUUGAUACACUAGGCAGUUGUGGUGCCCUUCAGAGGGGUGUGGAGAGGCUGGAGAAAUGGGCUGACUGGAACCUCCUGAAGUUCAACAAGGAGAAGUGCAAAGUCCUGCACCUGAGGAGGAACAGCCCCAUGCACCAGUGCAGGGCUGGGAGCUGACCAUCUGGAAAGCAGCUUUCCAGAAAAGGGCCUGGGUGUCCUGGUGGACACCAAGUUGAAAACGAGCCAGCAAUCUGCUCUUGCAGCAAAGAAGGCCAACAGUGUCUUAGGCUGCAUUAGGAAAAGCAUUGCCAGCAGGUCAAGGGGGAUGAUCCUUUCUCUCUACUCAGGACUGGUGAGGGCACAUCUAGAGUGCUGUGUCUAGUUCUGGGCUCCUAAGUGCAAGAAAGUUAUGGACUUACUGGAGAGACUGCAGUAAAAAGAUAAUUAAGGGACUGGAGCAUCUUCUGUAGGAGGGGCUGAGAGAUCUGGGACUAUUCAGCCUGAUCAAGAGAAGGGUCAGGAGGGAACUUAUCAAUAUAUAUAAAUAGCUGAUCUGGGAGAGGAGAAAAGAAGGUGGAGCCAGACUCUUCUCAGUGGUGUCCAGUGACAGCACAGGUGUCAAGGGCAAAAAUUGCAAUACAGGAAAUUAAAUUUAAAGACAUGGAAAAAGAAAACAAAAACCCCUUUUGGUCAAACAUUGGAACAAGUUGCCAAGAGACAUUGUUGAGAGUCUCCAUCCUUGGAGCCACUUUGAUGGGAUACAGCACUGAAAAACAUGCUCUAGUUUACCCUGCUUUAAGCAGGGGUGGGUUUGGACAAGAUGAUCUCCAGAGGUCCUUUCCAUCCUCAAUGAUGCUGUGAUUCUGUGAAGAGACCGACAAGGUUGAUGCAUACUGAAAAGUCUGUUGUGUUUACACUGCUAUUCCCUUUCUAGGUGGUGUAGCCAGGAGUUACAGGAUCAUUUUGAAGUGAGUGAUAAAAACAGCUUUGACCAAACAAACAAAGAAACAAACAGAAAAGCAAACUAUGCCAAUGAAUGUUAUACCCAGUGUUUUAAUCUCUGAUAUUGCUCCACUGGCUAGAGGGGAUUUAAACAAAAAGAGAAUUGACUCCUUGUUUUGCUCUAUGGGUGUUUGUUUAUUAACAAAAAGCUGUAGGAUACUAGUAAUAAAAUAGACACAGGGUUAUAGCUGAUAGUAAAUUCUUAAUAGUUGCUGUGUUCAUUAUUUGCCUGUAGAUAUUCCUAUGGAUUUGGAAUCACUAUUUCCAUUUAAGUGCAAAAUUCAUUGUGAUGUUGGCCUAUUCUACAGAUAGGUUCCUGUCAGUGCUGUGAUUCUUCCUUCUUUUUGGGUUAAUGAUAAGAAGGAUAACUUCAUGGUAUGAUGUUGUUUGGCUGGCAGGCUGGCACUGGAAAGCCUGAAGGGCCAAAUAUUUGCCUUGCUGCCAAGAGAUUUCUCUAGUUCUGCCUCCUGCUUGUUUUAAUGAGCCUUUUAUAACAUCUUGGUGACUGACUGUAAACAGCAUUAUCUACCUCUGCCCCUGGUGAUUUUGGCACACCCUGUAAAUAGAUAGUAAUACUAUAGCAUCUAAAGGAAUAGCCUCUCACAAUCUGAUUUUGCUGUGACAAAAUAAUGUCCUCUUUUACAGCAGAAAAAUACAUAUAUACACUACUUAACUGCAAAUCUGUCUUACAAGCAAACAGGUAAAGUGGUGCCAUCAGUGUUGAAGUAGGGUGUUGUUACCUCCUUUGCUGCAAUGGGAUUUAAAUGGGGAAGAGAGGAAGAUGAAAACGUAUGCACCUUUCCCGUAUGCAUCUUUUCCAGCUGGAUCAUUUUUGUUGUCUGGCAUUUUAGCCUGGAAAGAAUGUUUCUCACAUUCAGCACAGCCUGAACAAAGACUGCCAGGUGUUUAUUUAACGAGGCAGCCAUUUGCUGCACUGGGCCUGAAAGCAAGCAUGGUUAAGGGUGCUGGCUGUCCCAAACAGGAGGAAUGCUGCGUACGUGUGGUUCCGGAGGGGCAGGGAUGCUCAGCCCUGGCCCUUUUGAACUCUGUUAAUAGGAGCUGUUUGUCAUUGCAUUCCAGCGCCUGCCCAGGGUCCUGCCCUUAUCCCCCUGAACCUCCUGUAUCGCCUGUUUAGCAGUGCUUGUAUGCCCCUGAGCCCCAGCACACCAAGGGACAGAGGCGCUAAACUGGCCCAGGCAGAAAAACUGAUGGAGUUCUUGUGGUAGAUGACAAUGUCACAAAUAUAAAAGUGAACUAUUUGGAAAUGCUCAGUGCCAUCAUAUCAAGCACCUUCAGCAACAUGAGCUGUAAAAGUAUCACUUAAGGGCAAUAUGGCCAGAGACCAGAGCCAGACAGCCCCAUGGUUUUCAGCUCCUGAAGCUGUAAAUACAGCAGCAUCAGGGAGCACCACAAACAUAUUUUAAUUUAAAAGGUGCUGCUUAUAAACUGCAUCAUAAGAGAAGAAGCAAAAAACCAGUUAUGGAAGUGAAUGUUCUUAAGCUACAUGUGUGAUCAACAAUAUCCAUUAGAUUCCCCAAUGGCUAUUCAGUGGUUGAACUGAUUAUUUUUCCUUCUAUAACCCAUUAACAUGAAGAAGCUGGAAGAGAGGAGACUGUAGGGAGGAAGGAAAAAAAAAGGGGGGGAGGGCAGUAUACCUGGUCAGAAUGAACAACCCUUUUCACAAAGGGCCAGAGACUUGGGAGUUUAAGGACAGGGAUCCACAACCCUUGACAGAAACCAAACAACACGACUGCUGUAAAUCAGAAUGAGAAAUGCAGCUCCCAUAUUGUAUUCAGCAUCACCUGCGAGAGGUGGUCUCCUGCUGUGGCCUCUGUUCAGACAAGGGGACUGAGAGGCCAGAGAAAUAACUUGUGACUACGUUAAGGAGUUACUUGGUUAAAAUAUAGACAGUAGCCAUAUAUUGUUCUGCCUCGACCUGCCCUCAGAGCUGUAUCUUCCCAGAGAAAUGCUCUAGUUUGAUUUUAGGCCAUUUGUGCUACAGUAGAAGAGAUUAAAAAGUGCACAGGUCAUGGAUAGUCUCAGCCCCAUUCCUCAGCUGUAAUGGGGAGUCGUUGCAGCUGGUGCCUGUAAGAGUAACACUUUCAGUGCACAGUUUCCCCCUCAUUUAUUGUCCCAAAUAGCCUUGCAUGGUAACAGGAACCCUCUUUGCUUUGCAAAGAUGUAAUACACCAGAAAUUUAUGGAAAAUUCCGUUCAACAGGGCUGGGAAAAUUUUCAGGCUCAUCUAUUCUCCCAGGCAUUACUGUGCUUUCAACAGCUUGAACAAAAGUACUUUGUAUUUUGCUAGCAUUUUUCAUCAGUAUUAUCUGGCAGUAGUGUCCAAAUACACCUUUUUUUCCCCCAGAAUGGAGGAGGUGGUAAUCUAGGUUCUAGAAAUGCAGUCCAAGGUUUGCCCAAAUUUUUCUUAUAUCUGAGAUGAGUUGAGCACAGUGAUAUUUAGCAGGAACUGGGAGCUAAGGUGGCUGGGAUCAUGCUUCUUGCACUCUUUUGAAGGUCAGUUCGAAGUCUGAUUGAAAUGAAGGGCAGCGCCUUGGCAUAAUUUUUUAUGUGUUUCAAAAUUUAACUAGGUCUCAAAAUGUAUUUGGUUCAUUUGCUGAAAGAUAAGCAUGAUGAGUAAAUACUAAUACUUGACAGUUUAUAUUGUUUCUUCUAUUGGUAAUCAAAUUGCACAAGAAUAGUAGCAAAGUGAAAUAGUGCUUUGUGGUCUUCCAGCAUGAGAAGGCUUUUCUGGUCCUUUAGUGUCCCAGUGUGUUUAUUGUCCAGGGCCAGAUAUUAUUUGUCAUGGUUUCUAUAUUGUUCACACAGUCCAAAGCACAAAAACAGAUCAUGAAGCUCGGCCACUGUGUCUAAUGUUACAGCACAACAGGUAAAUC